AUCGGGAACAAAACGAAGCCAGAAGUCGUUUUGAUAUCGGGAUCGUCUGGUUUUGUGGGCCAGCAUGUUGUUAAAUCACUGCAACAUUACUCUGAGAAUGUCCGAGAGAUCGUUCUCUUCGAUGUGAAACCGUAUCGAAAUCGGUUGAAACAUUCGACCGAAAUACCGAUGCGUCAGAUAAUCGGAGAUGUAACAAAACUGGACGAGGUAAGGAGGGCGUUGAAAGGUGUGGACUCUGUCGUGCACACGGCUGGUCUUGUAGAGUUUGGUUCGUGUCCUGAUGUAGAAAGGUUGAUGGAGGUCAAUGUUAAAGGCACGGCCAACAUCAUCCAGGCGAGUGUGGAGAACAAAGUGAGCAGAUUAGUGUACACCAGUUCUGUUGACGUCGUCAUCGGUUUCGAAGAGCUUGUUGAUGUGACUGAAGGGGAUUGUCCCACCCCUGCAAAAUUGUUAUUUGAAGGCUACCCGGAGUCAAAGAGGCAGGCUGAAAAUCUCGUGCUGAAAGCUCACGGCAGAGUUUUGGUAAAUAAUUAUGACGAUGAUUACGGUGAAAGCAAGAAAUAUUUGAGCACUUUGUCACUUCGUCCGAGCGUUCUUUACGGUGAAGAAGAUCCAUACUACGUUACAAGCGGCUUAAAAUCAGCCCAGAAAAAUAACGGAGUGCUAUAUAGAGUGGGCGAUGGCAGCGCAGUGUUUCAGCAGGCAUACGCGGGCAACAUCGCAUACGCGCACGUCUGUGCACUGGCCGCUCUGGCGAGGGACUGCAAUCUGGGAGGGAGGGCCUUCUUUGUGACGGACGACACGCCAUGCCUCAACUCCUUCGCCUUCAUGCAGAACUUCCUGCCUUUGUACGGAUACCGACUAUCGGAUUGGUACAUUCCAUACCCGGCAGCAUAUUCUCUUUUUUGGGUUUUCGAUGUAUUCAUUCGAAUAUUGAAACCGGUUUUCAAACUGAAUACCGACAUAAACCUGGCAUCGAUUAUCUACGUGAACAAGACUUUUACAUUUAAUAGGAGAGCUUGCGAGGAUGUGAUUGGCUACAAACCGAUAUAUUCGCCGGAAGAAUCGAUUGAAAGAUCGAAAAAAUAUUAUAGCAGCUGCUUGGAUGAUUGA